CAAGAUACGUCAAUGUUCGGCAACUCUCGGCACUAGGGUCCAGCCACUGUAGCUCUCCAGUCGCGCCCGUGGUCGUGCGGUGGUCGCUUCUCACGCUAUUCACGUGUUAAUUAAUGUUAGUUUGUGUUUAUUGUAUCAUAGCCGGAGAACAUGUGACAAACCCAUUUGAAAUGAUUAGGUGAUAUUUUACUUGCUCGGGGAAUUUUAAAUUAAAGCAUCAUAUUUAUGUUUUAUUUAUUAUAUUUUUACGAUUACAAUGUUAAAGUAUCAGAAUGUAACAUGUUUCGUGUAUCUUUUGCGUGCUAAAUCAAUAAAAUAACUACUGUUAUACACAGUUAUAAUAUCUUAAAUGAUUAAUUUCCAACCAAUCACUUGACCGAAUAUUCGAAAACUCCAGUGACACUUCAUUUAACAACAAUGUUUAACACCUAUACAAACGAAGUCUAUCACUAGUGUAGCAGCGUGGUUUCGUGCCUGUCUGUGGUGGUGGUGACAGCGAUGUGGUGGGUUACUUGUGUAUAUCGUGGUGGAUAGUGACGACGUAUUGGCUACAUGACCUACUCCAGUGGGUCCUUCAUCCUUAUCCUGGUCCUUGGUUUUGUCCUGGACCUGGACCUAGGUUCUGCGAUCACAGACAUCGAGAUAGAGAGUGUUUCUGCUACCGAAGCUGUAAAGGGUGGAGUAGCCAAACUCCCGUGUGAUGUUCACACAAAUCUGCCAGGAGACAGAGCCCAUCUUGUCAUCUGGUACAAAGAGCUGUCAGAUUCUCCUAUUUACAGCUACGACGCCCGAGGUCGGAACGCCGAGGCCCCGCUCCACUGGGCCAACGCCACGCUCCGAGGCCGCACAUCCUUCAGGUUCACCGACAGUCCCGCCAAGCUGACCAUAGAAGGAGUCAAAGACGCUGACGGUGGAUCUUACCGUUGCAGAGUCGACUUCAAGCGUUCUCCCACUCGUCACUAUCAAGUCAAUCUUACCGUUAUUAUUCCACCUCAGAGACUAACGGUGCUGGACGACCGAGGGGAGAUGGUUCAGCAUUAUAUCCUGGGGCCUUACAACGAGGGUGCGUCUGUGGACAUCACUUGUUACUCCAGUGGAGGUCGCCCUCUGCCACGUGUGACGUGGUGGCAAGAGAACGCGCUGCUGGACGACACGUUCGAGGCAGUGUCCGAGCGUCGUGUGCGCAACAUCCUCCAUCUUGAGCGGCUGGAGCGACGUCAUCUUCACACCGUCUACACGUGUCAGGCGUCCAACAACAACUACGUGGCACCUAUCACGUCCGCUGUCACACUAGACCUCAACUUGCGACCAAUCAGCGUACAGCUGGAGGGGGAGAACGUAGCUAUGUCAGCCAAUCAGAGCUACGAGAUAUCAUGCCGUGCUGUAGGCUCUAGACCUCCCCCUGUGAUCAGCUGGUGGAAGGGCAGCGUCGCUCUCCGUAACACUAGGGAGAAGACGACCAGUGAAGGCAACGUGACGAUAAGCACUCUGAAGUUCAUACCGACUAUGGAGGACUCUGGAAAAUUCCUCAGUUGUAGGGCUGAGACGCCCCUGAUUCCGGAAAGUGCACUGGAAGAUGGUUGGAAACUGAUCGUCUACCAUGUACCAGUGGUGACCCUAGAACUGAGCAGCAACAUUAAUGUUAGUGCAAUCACUGAAGGCAUGGAUGUAUUUUUUGAAUGUAACGUCAAAUCUAACCCCUGGAUAUACAGAGUCAGUUGGCAGCACAAUGGAGAACUGAUGAAAAACCGUCCAGUGGAGGGGAUUAUGGUGAGCAACCAGAGCCUUGUCCUGCAGGACGUUAGUAGAGCUCGCUCUGGGAAAUACACGUGCAUCGCCAGCAACCAGGAGGGCGACGGCACCAGCAACGUGGUCGACCUGCAGAUCAACUUCGCUCCUGUCUGCAAGUGGGCCGUGCCUGCGGUGGUGGAGGUGGCUAGGUACGAGGACGCCCGCAUCCUCUGUGAGGUGGAUACGACACCACCAGCUGCCAGCUACCGUUGGCUGUUCAACACCACUGGGGGCGGCACAGCUGCGGGGGCGGGCGAGGUGCCUAGAGACCGCUACACUGUGGAGGCGGCUCGCAGCGUGUUGGUCUACAAACCCUUCACAGAAGCUGACUACGGCUCUCUGCUGUGUCUGGCUUCCAACAGCGUUGGCGAACAAAGGACUGCCUGUGUAAUUCACGUCAUACCUGCUGGUAAGCCAGACGGCCUGAGUAACUGCACCCUGGUGAACCAGACGGCAGAGACAGUGCAAGUAGAGUGUGAUGCAGGCUUUGACGGCGGUUUACCUCAGGUGUUCGUCAUGGAGGUGUAUGACGUCACUAGCCACGCUCUAGUCAGUAACGUGACGUCACGGGCCCCGUGGUUCAAGGUGGCAGGCCUGGGUGCCGGCCUCAACUUCCACAUCGUCGUGUACGCCGCCAACGCUAAAGGCCGCAGUGACGUCACUGUUCUGACAGCAAACACUGUGCGAUCAGAGGGUCGUCUGGAGGGUUUCCACCUACAUUUAGCUUCGACAUCAAUGCUGCAGCAGCUGUCUCCGCUGAUAGCCAUAGUGCUAGGGGCAGCGGGCUCAGUAGUGCUGGUGGUCCUGGCUGUGCUCACAGCCCUCAGGCUCAAGUGUCGCAGGGAGAGUAAACCUGGGGACUCCACAAAACAUUCCUCCGAGAGCAACGACAGCAUCGAGAAAAACCCCGACAUCAUUCCUCACAGUAACGAUUACCAGGAGACAUGCAUUGUGGCAAGCGAGAGCAACUUCUUACACGAUCCUGUAGACUACGACGAAGAAGAGUAUCCUAAACAUGAAUACCUCAAGUGCGAAGUAGACUACGUCCAUACGAAGCUACAACCCACUAUUCCUGUUGUAGACUUACCGCACCCGUGUCGGAGGAAGGAGAGCACGGUCGCUGUGCUCCCCCCACUACUAGAGUCCGGAUGUCAGACCGUGCUGGUUCCUCCCCAGACCGUGACGAGGUUCUGACAACCAUCACCACCUUGCGGGUUCAGGGAUGGAUUUUGUGAGUGUCAGUUUGUUGCGGCUCACCCUGUAUACCCACAUUUCCACUGAGGAUUAUACUUCUGAUCAGUCUGCACUAAUCUAGGACGAUGCACUUGAAAUAUAUUUAUAUUAUUCAUGUUUUAUCGUAAUGCAAACCAUAUUUAGGGAGAAUCGACGUAUACAGAGAUAAACGUCACGGUAAAUGGUAAACUUCACAUGAACAGAUCAACAGACAUUUAGGCUUUAGGUCUUUUGGGGUAAAUAUAUAAAAAUAUAAACAUUUUGGAAGUAUAAAUUAUAUUUUGUUCCUAAUUUUCAACCAGUGUUAAUUAUUUUAUUUGUGAGAUAUUGCUCAAUCGGUUUAAGUUAGAGAACUAAAAUAAUUGAAGUUUUAUAUAUGUAGUGGUUUGUGUUUUUUAAUAUUAUGUGUCAACUAUUUAAACUAAUACUACUUUAUCUAAACCUGUUCUGUUAUUCAAACAGUUAUAUUUAUCAUCAGUAAAGUAAUUAUUUUACAAUUUAAACGCUUAAGCAUGCGUUUUUCAUGGUUAACCUUAUCUUUUGAAGGCUGUGUAUAGAGUUUUAUAUAUUUGUA